AUGGUUAGAGAUCAAGAGAAGCAUGAAAGACUUUUGAAGAAGGUUGGAACUGGUUUAGGUUGGCAUUAUGCAAUUUUUGGCGAAGCAAUUCUAAUGCUUCCAUUUGCUAUUUUGGGUUUUGUAAUGAAGCCUUUGCUAAUGAAAGGCAUGUCUAAUGCUAAAAUCAUCCCAUGGUUCUUAAAUGAAGAGGUCUCAAAGAAAGAUUCCAGCUAUGUUUCGUAUAUUUCAAAUCAAUUAUCAAGAUUUGGGCAAGAUAUGAAGGCUCUUUUGAGUGAGAAAGUAUAUGUUGUAAAUAUUCUAGGUUACAUAGUGUAUAAUUUCGUCUUUGGCGUAUAUUCAUAUUGGGGCCCAAAAGUUGGUUAUAACAUAUAUCAAGUGGACAAUGUUGAUUUAUUAUUUGGAGGAAUCGUAACUGUUGGUGGAAUUGUGGGGACAAUAGGAGGAAGUGUUAUUUUGGAUCGCAUAAAUUCGACAAUCUCCAAUGCUUUUAAGUUACUUUCCAUAGCAACAUUUUUUGGAGCAAUAUUUUGCUUUAGUGCCUUUUGUUUCAGCAGCAUAUACGUUUUCUUGGUUCUCAUUUUAAUUGGGGAGAUUCUAGUUGAUGCCACUCAGGGUCCGGUGAAUCUUGUGUGUCUCCAUUCUGUUAAACCAAGUUUACGACCAUUAUCAAUGGCAAUAUCUACUGUGGCAAUUCACAUCUUCGGUGACGUGCCCUCCCCCCCACUUUUUGGAAUCCUACAGGACAAAGUUGAUAACUGGAGGACAUCUAUUUUGAUCUUAACGUCAAUAUUGUUUUUGGCAGCCGGAAUAUGGUUUAUAGGUAUCUUUCUUCAUAGUGUCGAUAGAUAUGAAGAAGAUAGCGAGCAUUUGGGGACACGUGUUGAGCAGCCAGAUAUUACACCUUUGCUUGAAUCUGAGGUGGCUAAUGGAGAUAUUACUUCUGCUUUAUUAUAAAAAGGAAAGAUGAAAAGAUUAAUGGAGUUGACACGAGGUAUACUAAUACCGGAUAUCACUAUGUGUAUUGUAAAAUAUCUAUAGUUUUUUCUCUGUUUUUUAUACCAAUAAAGAUGAAAAGCUACUUGGUCAUAGACUAAGUAAAUAUGUAUUUAAGAUAUUUAAAAGAUUGAUUAAUAUUUAUAGCUCUAAUAAAAUGUGGGCUACUUUUA